AUGGUUCCUUCCUGGCAAAUAUUACCAAUUCGAGAAACAGAUUCUGUAGUAGUUGCUUCAGAAGUUAUUGGUAGAGACAUGGAUGUUGCUGAAAUAAAGGAGAAGAUUUUGAACAUGAGAAGGGAUGUUGUUCUGUGCACCAUUCCCAUAGUGGGUAUGGGGGGUUUAGGGAAAACAGGAUGGGGGGGGGGGGGGGGGUUAGGGAAAACUACUGUGGCUAAGAGAAUUUUCAACGACGAACACAUCAAACAGCAGUUCGAAAAGAGAGUUUGGUUGUGUCUACCUGAAAUGUUGGAAACAAAGAGCUUUCUUGAACUGAUCCUCGAAUCACUGACAAAGAGGAAAGUUGAGGUCCAAAGCAGAGAUGUAAUAGUCAAGACGCUACAAGAUGCAUUGGGAGAAAAAAAGUAUUUGCUUGUCUUGGAUGAUUUGUGGCGUGUUGACUCUACAUUAGGGCAUGAGUUCAUGGACACCUUGAGAGGAAUCAAUACAUCCAGAGGAAACUGCAUUCUCGUGACUACUCGUAUUAAACAAGUGGCAUCCACAGUAGCAAUAGAUCUUCAUAUGUUGGGAAGAUUGGCAAGAGAUCAUUGUUGGUCCAUUUUCAAACAAAGAAUAUUUGUUGAUGGGGAAGUUCCAGAGGAAGUAGUGAGCAUGGAGAACAGGAUUGUUGAAAUGUGUCAAGGUGAAUAUGAUAACGGGGAAAAUAGCUUAAAGAAAAUCCUAAAACUCAGCUAUGACUAUCUACCAUCUCCACAUCUGAAAAAGUGUUUUGCUUACUUUGCCAUUUUUCCAAAAGAUUUUGAGUUUGAAAAGGAUCAACUAAUCCAAUUCUGGAUGGUAGAAGGUUUUCUCUGUCCAUGUCAAGAGGCCCCUGUGAUGGAAGACGUUGGGAACAAGUUUUUUCAACUUUUAUUGCAAAAUUCCUUGCUGCAAGAUGUUAAGCUAGAUGAGCAAGAGAAUACAACACACUGUAAGAUGCACGGUCUUGUGCAUGAUUUGGCUAGAGAUAUCUUAAAAUCUAAACUAUCUGAUCCAAAAAGCGUUGGAGGAGAAAAACUUUCUCAAGUUCGAUACUUUGGAUGGGACUCACCAAGGGAACAAAUAGAUAGGAUAAAUGAGCCAGAACGUUUGUGCACACUGUUCUGGAGAAGCAAUUAUGUGUCUGAAGAUAUACUAUUGAGCUUUAAGUUCUUGAGAGUUUUAAAUUUGUCCAGUUCAGGAAUCAAGGUGUUGUCAGCCAAAAUUGGCAAGCUAAUAUACUUGAGAUAUCUUGAUCUCUCCGACCCCAAGAUUAAAGUCUUGCCCAAAUCCAUUUGCAAGCUCUACAAUUUGCAAACAUUUAGAAUCAAUAGCUGUUUUUCACUCAAGAAGCUUCCAGAAGAAAUGCAUGUGUUAGAUGGUCUUCAACCGCAUCCAAACUUGAAAACAUUAGCAGUAGUGGACUAUUUAGGAACUAAAUUUCCUUCAUGGUUCAGUGAAGGAUUGCUACCAAAUUUAGUAGUGUUGAAAUUAAGUGGUUGCAAGAGGUGCAAAGAAAUUCCAUCGCUUGGCCAAAUGAAGUUCCUUCGGCAUCUUCAGCUGAUAGGAUUCCUUGAAUUGGAAUCCAUCGGACCAACAUUUUAUGGUGUUGAUGUUAAUGAAAAUGGAUCAAGCAGCAAUAAUCUCAAUAUCCAAGUGUUCCCAUCAUUGAAAGAACUAGUGUUGAAGAAUAUGCAUAACCUUAUUGAGUGGAAGGGAGAUAAACUUGGAGUACGAAUGUUUUCUGGGCUUGAGAAGUUGAAGAUUACAAAGUGUCCACUGUUAAAAAUUACUCCAAGUCAAUUUGAAAUCCUCUGUGAACUAAGCAUUGAAGGAGUUGACAGUGAAAUGCCAUUGUUGAACUAG